CGGAAGCGCCGGGAUUCGGCGUCCCCCGAGUGGUGGCAGCGGCAGCGGCAGCGGGAGCAUGUUCGUCCUGGUGGAGAUGGUGGACACGGUGCGCAUCCCGCCGUGGCAGUUCGAGAGGAAGCUCAACGACUCCAUCGCGGAGGAGCUCAACAAGAAGCUAGCCAACAAGGUCGUCUACAACGUGGGGCUCUGCAUCUGCCUGUUCGACAUUACCAAGCUGGAGGACGCCUACGUGUUCCCCGGGGAUGGUGCCUCGCACACCAAAGUGCACUUUCGCUACGUGGUUUUUCACCCCUUCCUGGACGAGAUUCUCAUUGGAAAGAUCAAAGGCUGCAGCCCUGAGGGUGUGCAUGUCUCUCUAGGCUUCUUCGAUGACAUUCUCAUCCCCCCUGAGUCGCUGCAGCAGCCGGCCAAAUUUGAUGAGGCGGAGCAGGUGUGGGUGUGGGAGUAUGAGACGGAGGAGGGCGCACACGACCUCUACAUGGACAUGGGCGAGGAGAUCCGCUUCCGGGUGGUGGACGAGAGCUUCGUCGACACAUCGCCCACUGGGCCCAGCUCAGCUGAGGCCACCACAGCCAGCGAGGAACCGCCCAAGAAGGAUGCUCCAUAUACCCUCUUGGGAUCCAUCAGUGAGCCAGGCCUGGGCCUCCUGUCGUGGUGGACGAGCAGCUAGUGGCCGGCGCCGACCAAGAGGUGCUGCCCAAGUGGCAACACAGGAGCCCAUGAAGCUGUGCUGUGCGGCCUGAAGGGGGCUGAGAACCUCAGCUUGUUGCUGCUCUCGGCGCUUCCCACCUACUUGCUUCAGUGACUGAAUAAACAAGGACAAUGGGAGCCACCUCGGUCUCCCUGGCCACAUCUGAGGACAGGAAUCCCCACAGCUGGACAGCAGGUCUCACUUCACCUGACUAUUUGUGCAGACAACCAGCCCCCAAUGGCAGCUUUGCUGGGCUAGGCUCUGGGCUGGAUCCACCCAUGGCUGGUGCCGUCUGGCCUGUUGGCCGGUGAGGGUGUCAGUGAGGGCUGUGCAAAGAGGU